AUGUCAGACGAAACUCCCAGUGAAUUCAAUGGAAUCACCCCAUGGCCAAUCUCGCCAGACUUCUGCCCAUACAAGCCAUUCCCAUCCCUCUCUGAUCUCGUCCGACUCGAUCAAAUCCCUCGAUUCCCACACCUCGGCCAGCAAGAAAUCAAAAUGUAUCUUGACCGGGCAACCGUGCUCUGGAACUUGAUCAACAACAGCAUCGAGGGCACCGAGCCCUACCGGUAUGCCUUCGCCGAGCUUCUGGGCCUAUCGCUUCUUCUUUGGGAGGGGAUUAAGAAGUUUCAGAAAUACGAGUACGGGGUCUGGAUUCGGGCCCGAAAGCACGAAGCGGAGGACAAAAGGCUACAAGCACUGGGAAUUCAACAGGAAGAAGCUCAUGGCAAUUCGAUGCGCAAGCUCGAAAUCGAACUGCUCGAUUUCUCGAGUGACCUGAGAAAACAGGUUGACGCUUUCCAACUCUACCUCCCUCCGGGAAUGACUGAAAGCGAGGCAGACCGCUGGAUAAUCGAGACGCGACUGAAGUAUGGAAAGGCCAUCAUGGAGAGAGAUGCUAGUGUACAGUUGCGAGACCGAUUGGCUGUGGCAAGGACCCGCGAGCAGAAAGGUGGAAAGGUUUUGACACCGGAUGAGCUGGAGGAUUACCAGGCGAAGAUGAAAAUGGGGAAUGAUGGGCACAGUCGUGCGGUAAUGAUGCUUUUCAACUUGCGGAUGAAGAGCGAGGAGAACAGCAUGAAGGGCGGAACUCUUUGCAGUAGUCAGGUUUGGCUAGGACGGCCCAUUUGA